GUGCUUGAUGCUUGGCCUGCUGAAGGACCUGCACCAAAUGUCAUCGUAUCCACCGUUCCAGCGACCGUAACAAAUACUAAUAGUACUAGCCCGGGAUCUGUACUUCUUCCGUUGGCGUUGUUUGACGCGACUGUGAACGGCGUGGUUGUGGACAUGGCGUGCAAACCUGCAGAAACGCUUCUUAAGCUCGCGAAGAGUCGAGGUGCUCUUGGAGCAUGGUCAUGCACAAUUUGAAACUUGGACGGGACGCAGAUGGGCUUGAGGGAUGUCGUGUCGAAGAGUGUGCCUAGGUGGAUCUGUGUUUGUUAAGAGGUUUUUUGGUGU